CUGACAAUGACUACACUGGAAAUGAGACCAUACCAUCGAGUGGACAGGCACAUGUCAAGGGAGUUAUCCAGGAGAACUCCUCUCUGGAGACUGGGUUGUGGCACCAGGGUAGCUGUAGCUAUUUUGGUGACACUAACGUUGAUGAUAGUUCUGCCUGUUUUGGUGUGGGAAAUCCUAACUUCCAAGUCCCACACAGCUAAGCAAAACCACACUGACCCUGAAUUGAUCUAUCCUACCACCACACCACGCCACCUGACAAAAAGAUCUGUAAGCGGUAGAAGCCACCUGAUUAACCUGCAAUUUGUUGAAAACCAAGAUGGGGUCAUAACUUUUGAUUUGUGUGCUGUCAUCACGUGUGGCCCUAAUGAACAAGCACAUGGGUGGUCUGAAAAAUACAUAUGCAGUGAUGGUACCAGGAACCAGGGCCAUCACGAUGGUGAAUAUUAUCUGGGUCGCCCCUACUGUGGUGUUGGUUGGGAUCUUGUUGUGGUGAAUACUGGCCCGCUAGACUGGGGCUACCAACUGGACAACCCAUUAAAAUCACGAUUGGCACUGAUUAAGGGUACCCCACGAUACCCCUGUAAUGACAAAUCUUGCAACCCAUUGAUCCUCACACUGAAAAAACCACAACUGUCAGACACAAACCACUACGUCCUUGGGGCUUACGAAACUGGAACUGAUCCCUUAGGCUAUUUUAUGAUAACUGUGACAGCACAACAACCUCCUGAAAUGAGCAAUACUACUAAAUUGGUUGCUGACGGCAUCAUGGCCAAAGAUGUUGCUAACCUCUCUGUAACAGAUGUAUUGGAGAUUGAAACGGGUUUCACUGAGAAAAAUUAUUGGCUGGACUGGGUAGAGAACGCAGCCAGAAUGGCCACUAGAGAAGACUGUGUAGUGUGCUCAACUCCUAGACCAACUUUGUUAACUGUUCCAUCACCAUUUUCUGAAAAUGAGACCUUCUGCAUGAUGCACUUACACACCACUGAAAAUCCCACAGAAGCAUGCAAACAUCUGGAGACAACGUACCCGUUGUCCCCACCAAAGGCGAUCCCACCAAUAUUUACACCUGUCAGAAACAAUCACACCUGUCUCACUAAAUUCGACAUAUCUGGUCUGAAUGUAGGCGACAUACCAGAGGAUUGGUGCACAACUACCAUUAAUGUUACCGACUGGCCAAAUGCAACCACACUGACUUACUCUCGUUCAGAUGUUUAUUGGUAUUGUGGUGGGAAUCGCCUAAGGAAUACACUUCCUUCUAGCUGGACAGGAACAUGCACCAUACUAUCCUUGAUUGCACCCAUUACAUUGAUAAAAAUUGCAGCAGCUGAACUUGUUUCUCAUUAUGACAAAUUUCACUAUGAUUUCCAGCCUGUCGCCAAAUCACACCUGCACAAAAGAGCUGCAUUCGACCUUUACCACAAUUCUCCCAUAUACAUUGACGCAAUUGGGAUCCCACGGGGUGUGCCUGAUGAAUAUAAAUUAGUGGACCAGGUUGCAGCAGGCUUUGAAUCCUCGUUAUUCUGGUGGGUCACUAUAAAUAAGAAUGUUGACAGGAUAAAUUUCAUACAUUUCAAUGUGCAACGGCUGAGCAAUAUGACACGAGAUGCUAUCUUUGGUCUGCAUGAACAAUUGGCUGCUACUUCAUUAAUGACUUACCAAAACCGAUUGGCCCUUGAUUUUCUCUUAGCUGAAAAAGGAGGUGUGUGCGCUAUGUUCUCUCAUGACUGUUGCAUCUUCAUUCCAAACAAUACAGCACCAGACGGCUCUGUAACUCGGGCUCUUUCUGGCUUAAAGACCAUGGCAGACGAAUUGGUAGCACACUCAGGGAUAACAAAUCCUUUAACUGAUUGGCUUGAUCAUUCAUUUGGAAGAUGGAAAACUGUGAUAGUUUCUGUAUUGACGUCUUUGAUCUUUACCGUUACAGUACUGAUUCCGGUGGUCUCCCUCCCUGAGCCCGGGGAGGACGAGACUGAAGUGGACCUGGAAAAAGACGACUACGACACCCAAGAAGAGCGUUUUUUGUAUCCCUGA